UAUAAGGCAGCCGGGAAACAAUGCGCCUGCAUCUCGCGCUCCCGCGCCUAUCCCGGUAGCGUCUGGGGGCUUCGUGCACGAGCGAGGGAGAGCGGGCGCGCGUGGGGCGCGCUCUUGGAUGCGGGUCGCGCGCUCGGUGGCGCGCAUGUGCUUGUGUGCGGGCUGCCGGGCUGCCCCGAGCCGGCCCCGAGCGGGUCCGCUCCCGGUGGCGGGCGGCCGGAGCGAGGGAGCGGACAUGGACUUCGACUCGUACCAGCACUAUUUCUACGACUAUGACUGCGGGGAGGAUUUCUACCGCUCCACGGCGCCCAGCGAGGACAUCUGGAAGAAAUUCGAGCUGGUGCCGUCGCCUCCCACGUCGCCGCCUUGGGGCUCGGGUCCCGGCGCCGGGGACCCGGCCCCUGGAAUUGGUCCCCCGGAGCCGUGGCCCGGAGGGGGCGCCGGGGAUGAGGCAGAAUCCCGGGGCCACUCGAAAGCUUGGGGCAGAAACUACGCCUCCAUCAUCCGCCGUGACUGCAUGUGGAGCGGCUUCUCAGCCCGGGAGCGGCUGGAGAGAGCGGUGAGCGACCGGCUCGCCACGGGCGCGCCCCGGGGGAACCCGCCGAAGCUGCCCGCCGCCCCGGACUGCGCUCCCAGCCUCGAAGUCGGCAACCCGGUGCCCGCUGCCCCCUGUCCACUGGGCGAGCCCAAGACCCAGGCCUGCUCGGGGUCCGAGAGCCCUAGCGACUCGGAGGGUGAAGAAAUUGAUGUUGUGACAGUGGAGAAGAGACAGUCCCUGGGUGUGCGGAAGCCAGUCACCAUCACAGUGCGAGCAGACCCUUUGGACCCCUGCAUGAAACACUUCCACAUCUCCAUCCAUCAGCAACAACACAACUAUGCCGCCCGUUUUCCUCCUGAGAGCUGUUCCCAAGAAGGGCCUCCAGAGAGAGGUCCUCCAGAAGAGGCUCUGGAGACAGAUGCUCCAGAGGAAAAGGAAGAUGAGGUACACGAAGAGGUUGGGAGCCCCCUGCCUAUAGAAAGUGAGGCUCCCCAGUCCUGCCACCCCAGACCUGUCAGCUCUGACACUGAGGAUGUGACCAAGAGGAAGAACCACAACUUCCUGGAGCGCAAAAGGCGAAAUGACCUCCGUUCAAGGUUCUUGGCCCUGAGGGACCAGGUACCCACCCUGGCCAGCUGCUCCAAGGCCCCUAAAGUGGUGAUCCUGAGCAAAGCGUUGGAAUACUUGCAGGCCCUGGUGGGGGCCGAGAAGAGGAUGGCUACCGAGAAAAGGCAGCUUCGAUGCCGGCAGCAGCAACUGCAGAAAAGAAUCGCGUAUCUCAGUGGCUACUAACUGACCAAAACGCCUGACUGCUCUUACAAAGACCCGAGUUAAUUUUUUAACUGGCCCUCUCCCCUUUAGUAAUUUGCACAUUUUGGUUACGGCCGGACAGUCUGGACAGUAGAUCCCAGGAUGCUUUGCAGCUGGUGCACACAAUAAGGGCUUGCAUUCUUGGAAACCUGGAAACCCAGCUCUCCCUCUUCCCUGACUCACGGGAGCACUGUGUCUUCUCUGGCGCCUUUGGCUUCUCAGGCGGGCAGCUGAGGGAGGAGCCUUGGGGUCUGCCUAGCUCACUAGCUCUGAAGAAAAGCCUGACAGAUGCUAUGCAACAGGUGGUGGACGUGGUCGGGGCCUCCAGCCUGCAUGAAAUCUCACACUCCGGAUGAGCUUUAGGCUGGGAAGGGAUGCUCCCACUGGUGUCUCUGGGGUGAUGCUGGGACAGCUGGGCCUGGAUGCACUCCCUGAGGCUCCUUUUUCCAGGAGACAUACGAGCUGUCUUGGGUGAAGACAAGCUCGCAGACUUGAUCAACAUGGACCGUUACCUCACUGUCAGACACUUUACAGUAGCUGAGGAGUUGGAAACCUUUAAUAUAUACAUAUAUAUUGUUAGAUGACACCCCUCCUCCCACUCCAUGCUGCGGCCUUGAGAACAUUUAAAGAGCUUGGCCUCUAGAUUCUUUGUCUCAAAGCCCUCUGGGCCCUUUCCUCUGAGGGAAAGACCAUUCUGUCCUCACAAGGGACUUUUUUGUUUCCUUCUGCCUUUGUUAGCAAUGGGCGUUAGAGCACCCCUUUCCCAGAGGUCAGAAAUAUUUCCCCAAGAUGCAGGGACAUGGGUCCUCACCGAGGGAAGGCUCGGAGUUCUGGCUGUGAACUUGUUCCCUACCCAGGUGUCUUCCAUCUUGGAAUCUUUUCUCAAGGCCGUCGUCAGGCACAUCAGGAGUGAGAACUGUACCAUUUCCUCUUUCGCAGCUUCCUCUCAUCUCAAGCCCUGACUGAUAAGUUUGAAGUUCUACGAGAACCAUGCAAACCUGUCCUCGUGCAGCUCCAAGGAGCUUGUGUCUCUGAGGCCACCCUUGGGCCACCUGCCAGCCUGCCAUGAGUCAGAUCCCUGUCUCAGAACUUGGGCCUUACUGAAGGUCUUCCUGGGAGAGCUGCUGGGACUCAUCCAGUGCUCCAGAAGGCGGCCUGGCUUCCCGGAGUCGGGGCUCUGCUCAGUGGACCAUGGUGCAUUUUGCCCCAGCUGGACUUGGCGCCUCCAAGUGGCUUCCAGGUGCAGCCUCCAGUCUAUAAAAAACACCUAACCCUAUAGUGUCUUGUGGGCAACCUCAGGAGCCCCCAAGCCUAUUCUGAAAAAAGGAUCGGCCCCCCUUCCAGGACUCUGCUGGCUGUGGGUUUGAAAGUGGGGGAGGGAAGGAUGGUUGAGAGCUGUCUGUGGCUCUGGAAAGCCACCUGCUACUUCUAAACCUGUUAUGCACGAGAGUCUGUUUCUGAGGUUGCUUCGUGGCCCUAGAGAACCCCAGUGGAAGUUUGGAGAAAGUCUCUCUAGCUUUUGGAGCAUGGUUUUCUGCAGCCAAGUGACUUCUGGAACUGUCUUUGGAGAAUGGGUGGGAAAUAGGUUACGGAUGUCUCACCUGAAUAGCUUGUGUUUUAUGAGCUGCUGCUGGGUAUUGUACCGGAAGCAGGUUUUUGGUGUGUGUUUUUUUUAAUACUGUAUUUUUGUAUGCCUUUUGCAAAGUGGUGUUGUUUUUGUACAAGAAAAAAGCUCUUGGGCAAUUAUCCUGUUGUGAGAGUCUUGACUUAUUUUGAAAGGCAAGUUUAUCUGAAAUUAUGUAUUCAGUUGUAAUUAUUGAUCGCCUGAUUUAAAAAUGUUGCCUUCUGGGACCGCUAAUAAAACUUUCUCAAACAUG